AGAGAAAGGAGAGCGGAGCAGUCCUGACCGGAGCCGCAGAAGCCUCAAGCCACCACCCUCCCCUCCUCUCUUGGCUGUGAACUCCGAUUCAGAUCUCCCCUCCCCUCCCACCGACCGGACCCCCUUCCAUUUCCAAUCCUCCCCACCUCUGUCUCUUGCGGAUCUGGCCGACCUCUUCAACGUACAGGGAGCUAGCAGCUGGUGGGGCGGCGGAGGCGGUGGCCAAUGGACGCCAUCCGGAAGCAGGCAUCCAAGCUCCGUGAGCAGGUCGCCCGGCAGCAGCAGGCUGUGCUGAAGCAGUUCGGGGGCGGGUACGGCGCGGACAGCGUGUUCGCGGACGAGGGUGAGGCGCAGCAGCACACCAAGCUCGAGAAGCUCUAUAUCUCCACGCGCGCCGCCAAGCAUUUCCAAAGGGAUAUAGUUCGCGGGGUCGAGGGCUACAUCGUCACUGGCUCGAAGCAAGUCGAAAUUGGGAAUAAGUUAUGUGAGGAUGGCAAGAAGUAUGGUGUCGAGAACACCUGUACCAGUGGGAGCACGUUGUCGAGGGCGGCAUUGAGUUUUGCGAAGGCACGAUCCUUGAUGGAGAAGGAACGCGGGAACCUGCUGAAAGCGUUUGGCACUCAGGUGGCAGAACCACUGAGGGCUAUGGUGAUGGGAGCUCCUUUAGAAGAUGCGCGUCACCUUGCCCAAAGAUAUGACAGAAUGCGUCAAGAAGCCGAAGCACAGGCUAUUGAAGUUUCAAAGCGCCAAAUGAAAUUAAGAGAGACAUCUGGAAAUGGUGAUAUGAUUUCAAGGUUAGAAGCUGCUGAGUCAAAGCUGCAAGAGUUAAAAUCAAAUAUGGGGACUUUAGGCAAAGAAGCUGUUGCAGCAAUGACUGCUGUUGAAGCCCAACAACAAAGGCUGACAUUGCAACGACUUAUCGCGAUGGUUGAAUCUGAGAGAAGUUACCACCAAAGGGUCCUACAAAUUCUAGAUCAACUUGAAAGAGAGAUGGUAUCGGAGCGCCAAAGAAUUGAAGGAGCACCUCCUCCAGUUAUUGAGAGUUCUAUGCCGCCGCCACCUUCAUAUGAAGAAGUUAAUGGUAUAUUCAUGAGGACUCCAACAGUUGCAGAAUUGGUUGAGACAGUGGAGCACUUCUUGGCUGAGGCCAUUCAGUCCUACCGAGCUGAGAGUGAAACUGAGCUCAACCUGUCGACUGGCGACUACAUAGUGGUCCGGAAGGUGUCAAACAAUGGAUGGACUGAAGGGGAAUGCAGGGGGAAGGCUGGUUGGUUCCCUUCCGAGUACAUCGAAAAGCGGGACCGCGUACUAGCGAGCAAAGUUGCCCAGGUCUUCUAGAAGUUCAUUGAGACGUACACAUGAGGUCCCUGGUGUUGUACAAUGUGCAUUCCGUUGUCCCUUUAUUAUCUCCCAAGAUGGUGGUCAGUGAAGAACUCGUGGAUUUUUCUUUUAUGUUCCAUUCUUUUUGUGAAAACACCUGCCGAGAGGAUGGCUUGCUGGUGCGGUGCCUCAUGGCCAUGUGCUCAUGGCUAGCUGUCUGUAGUUCUGUACUGUUCAGGUUAUACGGCAGGGAACCGAACACUUGGUUCAUCUCCAUUCUCCCUCAAGUAUACAGUGACUUAACAAAUUUAUUCCCAAAGUACAUAUAUAUCUCAAGUAGAAAUCCGUCAGAGUUUUGAAGUACCAAAGGCUUUUUCUAAACAA